AUGUCUAACCUGUAUUCAUAUGUGAAUGUCGACCGCCCUGCUCCCAAAUGUUUGGCUACCUCACAGGAGAUUCGUGACCCGUGUAUCGCGCUAGCACACCUGAAGAAGCUAAAGCUGCCAUCUCCCAUCACCGAAACGUCGUUCACGCCGGGAAGAAAGCCUACUGAGAUAUCUGCCUGGAGAUGCAUGGUGCUGAAAAAUGGCAAGUCAGGGCUCGGGGGUCCUGAUGACUUCGAGGUUAAAACGGGAUAUGAUGACGAUGGGGAACAAUGGGCUGGGAGCAAAGUGUCGAGGGUCAUGCAACAUGAGGGUGUACUUGAUGCUGUUGUUAUCGUUAGUCGAUGGUUCGGCGGAACCCUUCUAGGACCAGCUCGAUUCACUCACAUCGAGACCUGCGCCAGUGAAGUGUGUCGUACAUUCAAACGAGUCGAAGAAAUGGAAGAAUGCAUUUCAACGCUUACAAGGCUCGACGAUAUGUUGGCAAGCCUGCGGCAAGAGUUAAACGACCUGACUCAAAAUGCUGAAUUGGCGACGAGCGGAAGCACCUCGGCCCGAACUGCCUCAGACGAGCUCGAUAAUGCAAAAGAAAGGAGAAGCAGACAGCCCGAUUACACAGUCGUGCAGAGGGAUCUAGACAUUACGAAAGUGAGAAGACUUGUUGGUGCCAGGGAAAGUGCCGUCAAAAGUGUCAAGUCUCUGUUAUCGAAAAAGAGAAUAAUGUUGGCGAGUACUGAAGCUGAAGGGGUAGCACAAUAA